GGAAAAUCCAAAAUAAUACGUAAUUCACACAGACUACCAUUGGGCGAUAGAACGAUCUACGAUAGCUUUCUACAGUUGUCAGUGGUAGAAAGCAAGCAAGGAAGAGUGGUAUAAAAUGGAAAUGCGACGGAGAAGUCAUCCCAGACUCCACUUCCGCCACUCCCACCCUCCUGUCCACCCAGACGACCCCCCCAGACUGUGUGUGCUGGAUGUUUGCCUCAACCACGAUCUCCUGGAAGCUCUCAAGGAGCAACAGCAUGUCAAAGAUUAUGGUGUUCUUCUCCGUGUUCACUGGGACCAGACGGGAAGCCCUGAUGGAGACAUGUCAACUCUCACACUCUCGCAUGUACCGACAGAUAGUUCCUCCGCUGUUCUGAACGCCGAUUAUGCCAUAGGAAUUUCCACGAAUCAUGCCGUCUUUGAAACCUUCAUUACAAAAAUGUUCACCACGUACAAUGUCCAACUGGUAGCGGUUCAGUACCCGCCCAUGGUGCUGACAUUUCAACACGGCCCAGGCUCCGGCAUCAGUCAGCUUACUUCAGAUAAAACCAGACUGCAUGGCUUUGUGAAAGACCUCAUAACGCAGUGCACAGUUGCCAAGCACCAGAUGCAGUUGAAGAUAAACAUAAAGAGAGGGUCUAAGGUGCUGUUGCCCCCAAGACACACCUGUAGAUGUCUUGAAGACGAGCCAGGAACCGACAGAGGUUCGUUUGCUCCCCACACUGACAACAGUAGCCAGACAGGCGAGAACCACUAUGCCAGCAUGUCAAGUCUUUCUUUGGACGAUGAAUCGAUGGAAGUGGGUUGCAAAGUUCCAUCGACGAUUGAAGUGAGGUUUAAAACCGUGGAGACAGAACUUGCUGAGCAACGGCAGUUUAUGGAGUCACAGUUCUGUGAACAAAAAGAUCAAAAUGACGAUAUCAAAUCAGCUCUGUUACAAAUAUCAGAUGUUUUAGCACAGACAAGUGAACAGGAAUGUCGACGAAAAAGGGAAACCAAUCUAGUAAAGAAUAUUCUUGAUGAGCCAGAUUUAAUGCAGUUUUCUCUGGAAACAGAACCAUCAAAGCCCAGAUCCAAAGAAACGCCGGACCAGAGUGAACACCAACCACACGUAGAGGUGCAGGAUAAAACAGGGUCGCAGGGUGGUAAGGAACUGGAGGAAGAAGGCCACAAAAACGACCAACAAACGAGAGACGAUCCAGAAGAAGAAGAGUCGAACGUGAAGGAGACAGAGGAGGAAGAAGAAGAGGACAUGGUUAGUGAAGAAGAAAGUACGGAUGACGACGAAGAGGAUGAUGUAGAAAGUCAACCAGAGGGAGCCUAUUCCGAAGAUCCCUACCAACAGCGCAAAGGACCUAUCAUCAAGGAAAUUGACGGCAAUGAACUUAGGAGUUUGUCACCCCCAAGAACGCAACAAGAAAGGAGAUUCACUACAACCAAAACUAAGUCGACUGUUUACAACAGCACCUACAAUCCUUCGAGUGAUGGUUUGUCUCGAAAUUACCCGUACGCGUCUCAAAAUGACAGUCGAUCUGUGAAACAAAGACAACCUGCCGUGUACACAAGAAAUGUGUAUAACGAUGAUCCGCCAGGGAUGGAUCCCUUUAACAGCCACGCAGGUAAUCUGUUCGAUGGAGCUUUGAGGCAUGAGACAUUUCAUACAGACGAAGGAAAAGUAGACAAGUUUACAAGGUCCAAGACGCAUAUGUGUCUCCAUCAUGGGAAGUAUGUUACGACACAACAGACAGCUCUCGCCCUCACCAGACCCGAUGGGCAAGUACAGACGAAGAAGAUGGUAACCAGUCACACAGGGGACCUUGGUGACAUUGGAUUAAGUGGGAUGAUAAAUGAAGAACACCGGUGUGAGAGUGAUGUGUAUUCUGAUCUGCAGACAGAUGAACUGAACUUUGACAUCAGCAACAGGGAUCACCGGAGGCAGGAUUCGUAUACCAUACAAGGACAAGCGAUGAUGACCAAGACAAGACUAGGCGAUGAACCGGACGGAGAGCAGCGGAUGCAGACAUUGCUAGCGAGCAUGGUUGGGAACAACGUGGAUGGGAACAGAUUGUGGGAGAGUGUGGAGGAGGCUCAAUCUGCAGACUCGAGCAUGGUACCGAACGUGGAAUCCGCCCUGGACACCGUCAUCUGUAUUGAUACAUCGGACAGUGUCAGGGGAGAAACGUUCGGCCACAUAAAAAAGAUUCUCCACGACUUUAUAAACGGCAUUGAAGAUAUUGCCGAACAAUUCGAAAUGGAGGAAAAUAUUGCUCUGGUUACUUUUGGAGGCCGUGCCCGAGUGCUGCACCAACUGUCAAAUGACUACGGGAGUUUGAGGGAUGCCAUAGAUGACCUGACUCCAGGAGGGCCGUCCCCACUGCAGGAAGGGCUUCUGCUAGCGAUGGCGUGUACAGGAAAAGGAGGAAUACUUAACAUCGGAGGCAGUCUGAAACUCCCCCCUAGGUUAAUCGUCAUCACGGACGGUCUGGCCACUGGUACAAUACCAGAGACAGCACAGGAUGGACAUAUGGCUAGUGAACAGGAGAAGGCGGUACUGACCCACGCUUUCAGCCAGCUGAGGAGGAGACAGCCGGGGGACUACGUGCCACACCCAGUUGUGGUGGUCCCCGUGGGCCGGUCUGACAUGAGUUUCCUGUUGACGAUGGGACGACUAUGCGGAGGGAUGCUGGUUGAGGGUACCGCCAUUAAGAAGCUGUGUCGACAUCAGCGCCUACAUAAACUUGCGGGUGAUUCUUUGGAAGUAAUCAGGAACAAACGCCUGGACUCUGCCACAUUUGAAGACCCCAUGUUAAGAAAACUUGUAAUCAGUCUUUCACCAGACACAAGACAGGACGAGAUGGAGGACGUCAGAGAUCUCACACAGGAACACCUUUACAAGGUGGCAAUUGUUUACGGUUCCAAAUACUCGUUUGAAAACAUAUACGAAGUUCCAAGUCUUCCCCCAUUGGGUACACGAGUGGUGCGCGGCCCGGCCUGGGUGUGGGGAAACCAGGACACUGAAGGAGCGGGGACUAUCAUUAACCACGGAUUGGACGCACAGUACGUCUGGGUGUUCUGGGACAACGGCCAUCUCAAUGUGUACAGAUUUGGUCAAAAUGAGUGCUAUGACGUCAUUGGUGUUCAUGACCAGCCACGUGUCCUGGACGGCAGCGAAAACGUUGACGUCGGAUUGCAGGUCGAGAGAGGUCCGGACUGGCACAUGACUUACGGCGACCAAGACGGUGGCCCUGGUCGCACAGGGGUCAUCAUCCGAGUAAACCUUGAUGGGAAAGUGAUGGUGCGGUGGCAGAAUGGAAAUAUGAAUGUCUACAGGUUCGGGGAAAACAACAGAUUUGAUUUAUCUAUUCGAGAUCCUGUCGCUUGUCUUCUGGAGUCAACAGCUAAACCAGAUAUAGAAAAACAAGGGACACAUGAACAGUUACCCACCUCGGAAUCAGGACAACACAUGGCUGGAGAGGCUGUGAGCAACCUAUGGCAGAGGGAGGACAAGCUACAGGGAUGGCAGAAUUACUCCCCGUCCGACAGCGAAAAGAUCACAUCAGCCUACAAAAAACGCCCUGAAGGUUCUUGUUUGGUUCAGAGGAAUGGUGAAAGCUUCAGAGUUAUGUUCAAGUCUAUGCAAGAAAAAUCAAUUAUAAACCAGUUAACCGUUCGAAUCAGGAAAUUGGCUACAGAAUGAGGCGAUGAGAUCAGUGUGAUGAUUUCGCAGUACGCCAACAUCAGUUAUUUCAUUUAAUCAUUUCAUGUGCUUAACACAAGCUUAAGUUCAAUGAUACAUUGGCCUGGUCCUCAUCAAACCUAGAUGCAGGAUAGCCUUCAUACAGCUGUCGCAACAACAGCGACAUUCGUGUUCUUGGGCGUUUGAAAAAUGCAUGUUCUAUAUUAAAAUAGUAAUAUGUGAAAUAUGUUUGUUGACGCCAAACAUAUGCGUACAAUCCACUGAUUUACGUAUACACGUAAAUGUGACUGAUUACGUUAAUAAAUGUACGUGUAAAUGUAUUGAUAUACACACAAACCCUGAUGGUCAAGGUUAGUUACGAUCAUGUUACAGGAUGGCAAGUAUUGAGAAGGCGCUCUUAGAUCAGCUGGCUUGAUCCUGUACACAGAUACUGCUGCAAAUUUCUAUUUGAAUCUGACCACAUAAGCAGUAUAGUUCAUGAACCGACAUGCUAUAAUAUGGGUGUAUUUCUGGCUCUUUUAAAGUAUGUGUUACAGUUUUUUUCUCAGCAUAGCAACAACAGUAAAAUCUUGUUUACCAGGAAUAUAAUAGAUUUGCAUGCAUUUUCAAAAAUUGAUUAUAUUGUAGAUAUAGAUGUGUUAGGCUUUUUGUA